CUGUCCAAAAUGGCGAACGAAGUUGCUCACGCUCCCAAUAAAACCUGGGAAUUGAGCUUAUAUGAACUGCACAGGACGCCCCAGGAGGCAAUUACCGACAACACAGAAAUCGCCGUUUCCCCUAGAAGCUUACACAGUGAACUUAUGUGUCCAAUAUGUCUGGAUAUGUUGAAAACGACGAUGACAACCAAAGAGUGUUUACAUCGUUUCUGCCAAGACUGCAUCAUAACAGCUUUAAGAAGUGGAAAUAAAGAAUGCCCAACUUGUCGUAAGAAGCUUGUUUCCAAACGUUCUCUGCGUCCAGAUCCGAAUUUUGAUGCACUAAUUUCCAAAAUCUACCCAAGCAGGGAUGAGUACGAGGCCCAUCAAGAGCGAGUGUUGGCCAAGUUGAAUAAAACGCACAGCACUGCAGCAUUGACGAGCAGCAUUGAGGAAGGUUUACGCCAACAAGCAAUGAACAGGGCCCAGAGAGUCCGAAAACAUGCAUCCGAGGGCGAUUUGAGUCGUCAGUUAGAUGGGGCUAGUACACCAACAUGUGGAACAACAUCAAAUGAGACGACACCAAGAAAGAAAGUGAAGACCUAUUCCGAUGAGUCAAGUUGUGAGAAUUCAUUGAGUGAACCACCCCUUGGUAUUGGUUUGGGCAAUCUGGGCAUAGACACUGCAGAGACGGGGAGUAUUGGCAGUGUGUCAGAACAAGGCCAACCCAGCCCUGAUAUGAUAGUGCCGGAACCCAGUGUUAGCGAUAUCGAACUUGUGUUUAAACCACAUCCUCAAGAUGUAGAUGGAGAUAUGGAUAUUGCCGAGCACACCAGAUACAUCAAAACUACUGCCAAUGCCACUGUUGAUCAUUUGUCCAAGUAUCUUGCUAUCCGUCUGUCUCUAGAAGCUCAGAAUGCAGAAAAUGGUCCUGCAGAAGAAAAGCAGUACGCCAUAUACAUCGCAAUAUCCCCCGGAAACUUUGCUGUCCUCAGUGGCUGUAUGACACUGGAGCAGGUCAAUGAAAAGUACUGGCGUGUGAAUCGGCCCUUAGAGAUGUUUUAUCUGCAGCAGCGAAAAGGGGCUGAAAAUUCCAUGAAGAAGAACGGAGAGAAAUGAAAGACUCAUGUUUAUGAAACGAUUUGUCAUGUUGAGUACAUGUAAAGAGCAUUAUCAUUUUCAUCACUAUUCACACUGUCUAAUGAUGAAGUGUACUAUAAGUUUGUAAUCAUCACAUGCUAUCGAUCAAUUUGCAGAGCCACUUUAGAGCCGUAUUAGAGCCGUAUUUGUUGAUAAUUCAAGUCCAUGGUUCCCUGUUAUAGUUUGGCGCAUUGGUGGCCCAGUCGUCAAAUGGCUGUGAUUCGCUGUGCAGAGUCCCGCCCUUGGGCAUGCUAGAAACCUGUGAUUGUGGGUUCGUAUCCAGGUUCGCCCCGAUUAUGUUCUAGGUUUGUCUGCACCAUGCCUGUGCUUGUGGGUUUGCCCAAGGUUGUAAAUGUCUGGCACCUGCAUCACUUGGGGCGUUCCUCCCACAUUAAGCUAACAUGCCUAGAUUUUACUGGAAUCCUGUUAAAAGCUGUGUUAAAUCCAACUCACUCACUCACUGUUACAUUUAAAUACAGACGCAGACUCAGACACAGGUGUGAUACUAAAUCCACUCGCACAACAUACCUUCGUACUAACACUGUGUAUUUCCAUACAUUCAUGUGCACAGAUGUACAGUACUCGAGCAGUAUGAUCAAAUCUCUGUGCAAGAGGACCAGAAGUUGAGGCAGCACGCUCUGUGAAAUUGUCUUGAUUUACAGUUUUCAUGUCUGUUUAUUAGAUGAGGCACUCAAUAUCACAAUACCCCCUUGAUAAAGAAGCCGUAUCAGGCCUGAGUUUCAUAUUGUUUUGUGAGCUGUUUUUGGAUUUCAAGUAUUGUUUUGGUGAAAUGAUGAAAUGAAACAGUUUUCAAGGAUGUAUUUUCCGUACAAAAUUUCAACCUUGGACACAGUAAGAAUGGAAUUCCCGAGUAGUUCACCUGAACAUACUUUCAACUAAGUACCAGCAAGGCACUUUGGCCUUGUUACGGAAAGCGAACUUGAACCUGUGAUUAAGGUUUCCCCUUAUAUUCAGCCUAGUGGUUAAAGCAUUUGCUCAUCACGCCGAAGACCCGGGUUCAAUUCCCGACAUGGUUGCAAUGUGUGAAGCCCAUUUCUGGUGUCCCCCCGCCAUGAUAUUGCUGGAAUAUUGCUAAAAGCGGUGUAAAACCAAACUCACUCACUCCACUAGUGCAGAGACCCUAUUAGUCUGGAGACUCUUGGCCUCACAGCCCUGCCCCAAAAUGAAGACUUGAGAACAUCUUGCACUGGAAAUGGUGCCAUACUUUGAUAUAAUUUUGCUAUUAAAUAGGAGCCUGGUCAGAAAAUAUGAUGUGAUUUAAUUAUCAUAUAAAACUUGAUUGUCAUGAAAUACAUUAUUUAUUUCCUUUCUGAUGUCGGCAUUGUAUUUUGGGAAUAAUAUUUGGAAAAUAGAACAGUUGAAAGGAAAGAUGGAAGAAUGUUUGGCAUUAUUUGGUUGGUCUGCUUAUCAUGUGAUGAUUAUCAUGCUGGUGACUUGUCCCAUGACUUGACCGCAGUAGUCAUGUCAUUGAACUGUGUACAUAGGACUUUAUUUCAUACUUGAAGUAUGUAUUUUUGAUCAUUCCUGUAAUUGUCCCUUUUAUUGUACAAGAACGUCUUAUAUUGGUUCUCUAAUUGUAAGUUCUCUACAAAAUGGUGUUUCAAGGUUUUAAGUGAGAUGGAAGGGUUAUGCCCCUUUGACUGAUAGUGGACCCUACAAACUCAUAACUUCUCCGAAGAUGUCGGUGUAUAAUUAGGCUUGCUUCUUUCCAUAUCUCUAAUUAGAACCCUUGAUCCCUUAGAACAACUCGCCUGUGAUGAUUGAUGAAUCAACAUGAAUAACUGCCAUAUUUACAAUGAUUCACGACUCUCAAAUCACAGAAUUGCCUUUGUUUUCCAAAAGCUCAAAAUACCUGCAUAUUAGUACAGACUUCAUUGAACAUGUAACAUGUGUGAUUCAGAAAUUAGAACUUGUAUGAGAAAUACAAAUCAUCUAGUCUGAGUGACUGUCUUCAUGUUAGCAGAUUUCACUGCCGAAAUGUCACACUGCAUUUAAUUCACAAAUCAUCCAUGCAUAAAAAACAGUAUUUAAUGAUAUCACUUCUACAGAUGUACAGACUUUAGUCUUCCAGGUUUAAUGUGGAAAUAGUUGGAUGCUUGAAUGUGUUACUUGGAUUAUCAGUGCAACUACAGGACUGAGUUAGAAUAGGAGCAGAUGCAUUAUGUCCUUGUCGAUGCUUCAUCAUGUUCAUGGCUUUGUAUACAUUACUGUCCAUCACUCUUGAAUACAUGCACUGGUGGACGAUUUGUCUGAGGCGCUGCAAUUUGCGGUGCAGAGUUGUGUCCCUUGAUAAUUAAGGUCAAGGUUUCCCUGUUUUAUUUGGGUGCAUUGGUGGCCCAGUUGUCAAAGGCGCCGCAGUUUGCUCUGCAGAGUUCCACCCUUUCCAUGCCAGAAAGAUAUGUUUGGGGGUUCGAAUCCUGGUUCGCCCCGAUUAUGUUUCUAGGUUUGUCAGUGUCUUACCCGUGCUCGUGGGUUUCACCGAAGUUGAAAAUGUCUGGCACCUGGAUCAUGUGGGGCUUUCCUCUGACGUUAAGCAGACAUGCUAUGAUAUAUUUGGAAUAUUGUUCAAAGUGGCGUUAAAACCAACUCACUCACUCACUCAUGAAAACAUACAGCACUUGUGCGGUGUAGUCACUAUUUCGAGUCGAGCCUUGGCCUGGUUCCAGCGAGAGAGGAACCAGAGAGUGACAGACCAGUGAGUGCUUCCGAUUACAGCAGCAAUAGUUCUCAUGCAACAUGAGCCAUAGCCUUGCAGCCAUCUACACAUCGCUUCAUUAUCAGGCAACCGUACAAUUUUCUUUCAUGGAAUAGGGCUCAUUUAUAAUAAUUAUAUGCUUUUGAUAUUGCGUAUAUUUCCACCCCAUUCAGGGGCAGGCUCCAAGUCGUUAUCAUUAGCCCGGUCACUGGAUCAAUGUGCACUCAAGAAUCAUUUUCAGCUCCCUGGGGAGUAUACAACCCAAGCUGCCUGUUAGGCGCAAGAAGGUUAACUACCACAUUGCAAUCUCAUCUUACUGGUACCCAUUCACUGCUGAGUGAACAGAGGCACAUUUCAAACAAAGUUGCCCACGGAAACACCACACGUGCUACAGUUGCUUCAGCAUGGGGCCGGACCGAAGCCCUAGAAACUCAAGCAGCCGAAAUACGAUCACCCAUCCAAGUUCUCUUCGUGACCGACGUUGCUUAACUUCACUUCUGUGAGUUAACGCAGUCUUUUUCAAUACCUGCCUAAAAAUGGACAUGAGUCACUAUUACAUUGUUUAGCAGGUGUUUGUAUUCAUGGUUGAUGGGAGAAAGUGCUGUAUACAAACCUGUGAAGUGUUGCUGGCGUUAUAUUGGCAUGUUGACGAAAAACAGAUCAUAAGGGUUGUCGUGGAAGUUAGCAAGUGUCUUGUGUUUAAAAACUACAACAUUGAAUUAAAAUAAGACAUUGUUUGGAAUAUUUGUCAAAAACUUAAAGCAACAAGAAACAAUGUUUGAUUUUCUGGUUACUCUAGGAAAUACUCUAAGUAUCAAACUAGUUAUGUCUACCCUAUUUAUAUGUUUUUAAGGGUAUGUAGUGUAUUGGUAGCGACCAUUUCAGUAUGGAGAGAUCGUGAUUUAUGUACAUCUAUCACUUUUCGUAAUAGUUAAAAUUGGAACUUAGGCAAGAAGGGAUAUGACGGAUAAAACCAGAUUGUUGUAGAUCUAUGAUUAAUUAAUGAUCUUAAGUUUGUUACCAAAGUUGACUUUUUUAAUACCGGAAAACAUGGAAAAUGUAUGUUUUGUUGUUCGUGAUGAUGAACACAUGCAACACACUCAGAUAUGUAUUUCUGUGCAUUUAUGUGACUCUUUCUUGGAGUUUAUCAGUGUAUAUAUUAUUUACAUACACAAGGCCACACUUUUAUAUCAUUUCUUUAUAGGUUUAUGGAGUUUUUUGCAAAAUAUGUCUUGGGUGUUUUGAAAUUAAUUAUUACAAUGUUUUGGCUUUUUAAUUUUUUUCUUUUUCUUUUUUUACAUGACAUUUUACAUGUAUAGGAAGGUUGGUUAAAUUUGGAGAAAAUGUUGCUAAAUCUAAAUGUAGAGUUACUAUACAGUACUAUAUAUGCACAGUAGCGAGAAGACUCUUAUGUCCAUAUUGAUGUGUGGUAGGCUAGUGGUUAAAGCGUUUGAUCAUCAUACCAAAGGCCUGUCAGUUUCCCACAUGUGUACUAUGUGUGAAGCUCAUUUCUUGUGUCACUCACCGUGAUGUUGCUGGAAUGUUGCUAAAAGCGGUGUAAUUCCAAACUCACUGUAUUUGACGUUUGCAGUGACCAGCAACUAUGCUAUGCUUUUGAUAAAUUAAUAUUUAGAAUUUAUAAUUAUUAGUUUCUGUUACAUUUUGAAGUUGUUUAUUUUAUUUUACUCUUUUGUAAAUAGUGUAGGCAAUCAAAUUUGAAUUGCAUCCGUUUAUUUUUUGUCUUUUGGAUGCAUUUUGUCUAUCCUUAAACAGAGAAAUAUAAAAAGUGUGGCCCUUCUUUGUUCAAUGUAUGGUGCAGUGACCGUCAAUAGUGCUUUGUAGAUAGUUUAGUGAGGGUCAGAUGUGGUGCAGUUGGAUGGAGACUUUUCUAACAGAGUUAUCUCCCUCUAACAUAUCACCUGCCCUGUGUAUCAGUGCUGACCACAAUGUUUCAUUGAAGCUGUGAUGGUGUCACCUGUUUGCUCUCUGCCAACAAUGUAUUCUAAGAAUCUCAUGAUGUUGUUGCAGCCUUCAAUAUUAGUCAGUUUAUAGGGAAUAAAUUAUUAUCUAGUUUGUUGAAUCAGUUAUAAAAAGAGACAAUGAUAUUUUAUUCAUUUGCUCAUGUAAAUUGAUAGAACUGAAAAUUGAAAUAAUUUUUAGCUCUUAUAGAGGAGCCAAUUACAUAUUUACUUAUCUAAAAUGAAAUUGAUUUUGCAUGAAAGUCUUAAUUUUAGUUCAUCGCAGCCGCAGGCUAGGGCUGUGGUAAGGUGCUCAAACAUCAAACCACAAGCCCCAGGUGCUCUGGGUUCUCUUUGCUAAAUCAAAGUGAUUAUGAAUGUUUAAUCACCAUGGUGAAGUGUUGAAGGUCUUACUAUGUCUCACUGCCUCAAUAGUCCAGCUGUGGUGUCGGUGUACACUACACACAUACAUGUAGGGUUUUACCUUCACUUACAAAGGCUGGGGUCCAGGGUACCCACAAUCUAGGGCUGGGACGAGUCCAAAUUUACUACUGGGUACCCACACCCCUAUUACCUGACCCUACCCGGGUACCCGCUGUUGGUUUCAAAAUAUAGGUACAAAAUGUCCGAUUGGGAAUUGUUUGACAGUAGUAUGUAGAUGUAUGUAUUGAGAUACACGUAUAGAACGAUCUGGUCAUGCAUAUACACUGAAGUUGAAUGAAGUUUUAUCUUUAUUCAAACACAUAUAAGUCACAAGGAAUGCGAUCAUAGUCAUGAAGAAAUGCGAACAUGAGUGAUUUGUGUAACCAUGUAGUAAAAGUGAACUUUUGUCAUGAAACAAUAUAUCACGUGACUAACCACAGGUCCGGGUAGUGCUUUGGGUACCCGGGUCCUGCUCAGUGCCCACCCGGCCCGAGUACCGAGUUACCCGUCCCAGCCCUACCACAGUCAAUAAUAUUUAACAGUCCUUGCAGGCAAUAUGAGGGUCCUGUAAAGUAAUGAAAUGGUGUAGUGUACUGUGCGUUUUGAUAACUACUUUAGAGCCUGGAAUGAAUCAAUGAUCACAUGGACACUGGUAUGUGUGAUGGAUGAAAAACAAGACACCCAUAACUGCUCUUGAUGUGCUGUAGGUACAAUGAAUGUUAUUGUGCAUCCCUUGGAAUGCAGUAUAACCUUUUUCAACGUCCAAUUUCAACAUAUGGACGUAUUGGACACACAUUUGUGUGUGGGGUAAAGCCCUGCCAGCUAUGUCAUGUACUGCCUUUAACUGCAAGACUACAGUGUUCCUACUCUCAGUGUAGAUGUUGUGAUUAGUGUGUGAAACUGACACACUGCAUCCAUGUAAUUAUGGCUUUGAUUUUCUGAUAUACAUCAUAGGAUUUUAUUUAGCUGACUAAAAGGGUAAUAAUUUGAUUGAAUCAAACUUGCUAGACCUCAGAUCAUAAUGACAAGUUCCUCUGUGAAAUUUGAACAUGAAAGUCGAAGUGACUUAAUACUGCCAUUUGCAACAUGUUAAAAAUGUCUGAUGUCUUGAUAGUAGGAUGUUGUUUUCGAAAACAUAUUCUCAAAUACCAAGAGCUAACACAUCAAAACACAUUUUAGCACAUGCACAAUCUGGACCCAUUUUCUUGUUUGUGCAGUGGAAACUGAAAUGUCGAUUAAGACGUUUUCUCUGGAUAGAAAAGUCUAUAUUCAUUCUGUGAACAAUGGCUUUUUGUCCAUGGAAUAUGAUGAUAUGCAUUAAACCCAUAUAUUUAUUUUUGAAUCUGGCCUUUCUGGGGUUACAAUGUUUUGAUAUGACAGGAAUAGUCAGGACAUCUGGAGCUAUGUCUAUGUGUGUAGAAUGUUUAAUUUUGGUGCUUUGUGUUGUAUGCUGAGUUAGCAACAUGCAAAUAAAGUGUACUCAUCAUCAA